GAAUUGAAGUCUGCAAGAUAAUGGAAGAAAGCAACAGCAGCUCUGAAAAAGGGUUUCUUCUUCUGGGAUUUUCUGAUCAGCCCCAACUAGAGAGAAUACUCUUUGUUAUAAUUUUGCUGUUCUACAUCUUAAACCUACUGGGAAACACUGCCAUCAUUUUAGUUUCUUACUUGGACCCCAAACUCCACACUCCAAUGUACUUUUUCCUCCGCAACCUCUCUUGUGUAGACAUCUGCUUCACCACCAGUGUUGCCCCACAGUUGCUGGUUACCAUGAAUAAGAAAGACAAGAACAUGAGCUAUGGCGGAUGCGUGGGCCAGCUCUAUGUAGCCACCGGGCUGGGUUCCUCUGAGUGUAUUCUCCUAGCGGUCAUGGCUUAUGAUCGCUACGCUGCUGUCUGCCGGCCCCUGCACUACACAACCAUUGUGCAUCCUCAGCUUUGUGCAUCCCUGGCCAGCACAGCAUGGCUCAGUGGCCUCAUCACCUCCCUUAUUCAGUGCUCCCUUACUGUGCAGCUGCCUCUUUGUGGUCAUCGCAAAUUGGACCAUAUUUUUUGUGAGGUGCCAGUGCUCAUAAAACUGGCCUGUGUGGACACAACUUUCAAUGAAGUAGAACUAUUCGUGGCCAGUGUAAUCUUUCUAAUUGUCCCUGUGUCACUCAUUUUAGUCUCCUAUGGCUUUAUAACGCGAGCUGUGUUGAGGAUUAAAUCAACAGCAGGGCGUAGCAAGGCCUUUGGGACUUGCUCCUCCCACCUGCUUGUGGUCAUCAUUUUCUAUGGGACCAUCAUUUUCAUGUACCUUCAGCCAGCUAAAAGUAGCUCCAAAAACCAGGGAAAGUUUGUCUCCCUUUUCUACACCAUAGUCACCCCACUUUUAAACCCCAUUAUCUAUACUCUGAGAAACAAAGAUGUGAAAGGGGCCGUGAGGACACUGGCAAUGGGAAAUGCUUUCAGUUCAUAAAGGGUAUGAGCUGUAGGUAUAAUUUUAGUGGAUUAGUUUUAGUUUAUGAAUUAUUUGUUCUAAGUGCAAAUUUCUUAUUCAAUGCUGUAAGAGAUAGUAAAAGACACAGAACUCUACAAGAAGCUAAUAUUCUCGAGUCACAAUAGUGUUUCAUUUUUUCCAAACAUUCGUCUCAUGAAGUCCAAGAUUCUAUGCUCUAUCUAGAGAAAACUCUUUGCUCUUCCUCCACUAUGCCAUCAACUUUCAUACACAAAUUAUUUCACCCUGGAAUACUGGUCUAUUUCAUAAAUCUCUGCUUAUCUCUAAAAUCUACAAUAAAUUUUACCUGUACUCUUGAGUUUUCUUGAAACUUGAUCCAUCUAAUCCUCUGGGUAAAACUGGCUUAUAAUAUAUGUUUCCUUAAAACAUGAAGCAUUCUCUCUCUCUCUAAUAAUAUACAGACCAUUUCGGAAAUAAUAUAUAACCACUUACCCACAAUGUCAUUUUAAACCAGAGACUGGACAAGCCUUAUUAUACUGGCUCAUUUAUAUUAUGAAAAAAUAUAAAACAGAAUUAUGAUACAUUGAUAACAUUUAUGAUGCAAAUUUUCACUUUAUUAUUUUACAAAAGUGAUAGAAUAAAUAAUAUUUCAUUAAACAGAUCAGUCCAUAUAUAAUUUAGAGUUGUUCCCCUUUUCUUUAAAGGGAUUAGAAGUCAAGUGAAAGUGACAGAGUGUGUGUCAUUCUCUCUGUCUCUUUCUCUCAAAAAGAGCAGAAUUGAUCAAUUUGUCAAUCUCCAGUAUUUUAAGAGAACUGUGCAACU